ACUCUGUCACGUUAAAGGCGUAACGGGGCUCUACCAGCUUCUGCUUUCAUUUGCUUUCCGUUUAUAAAGCGCCAAACACACAGUGCUUCCAGUCUCACCAGAGCAGAUCUUCAUCAGCAACAUGGCUUUAAAGCUUCUGACUAUCGCUCACCUCGUCACCCUCUUGAAUCUUGCAGCGGGCAUGGCUGUAAAAGAAGAAAUUAUGGAGGUUAAAUCCGUCAUUGGAGAGGACUGCACAUUUCCUUGCCCCGCCAUUCCUAAACCUGGGGUUCAGUAUUUGGCUAUCACGUGGUACAAGGAACUGGACCCUUCCAGUCUCAGCGGCCUCUUGACCCGAGACCUCCCCAAUGGGACGACGCGCUGGUACCGGGGCGUGGACAGAGAGGUGGAGCUGCUGAGCGACUCCUCUGACAUCUUCAUGCCCAACCUGACGUGUGCCGACCGGGGCGUUUACACGUGCCACCUGGCGGCACCCGUGGGAGAGCAGAACAGGGAGAGGCAGGUCCUCCUCAUUGUGUCAGAUUGUCCUGAUGAGUCAACGGAAACCCUCGUGACUGAUGCUUACAUGGUGGUUGUCGCCACUCUGCUGCUGAUGUUUGCACUCAUUAUUUUCAGAAUAAGCUACGUUUGUCUGAGGAAUACCCUCAGGGAAAAGAACACGGCCAUAAUCAAAGAAACUUUACUGGAUGGAAAGCUCAAACCGCUGGAAAAGAAGGACCUCAUGUUGAUACAGACUUUGGGACCGAAACCGUCGAUGAAGCACGUCAUCGUUUGAAGAGAAAGUGCUCUUUCUUAGGAAGAUGACCACCUACACAGAAGAUGCUCUCGACCACAUUUAGGUCCUAAAAAGCUCAUUAAGUCUUUCGCUAAUGCCCAGGUAGAGCUGCUUUAAUUGAUGUAAGAAAGAAAUCAACAAAAAACCUUGAUUAUAAUCUGAAGAUUCCCUCGACAAAAACAAACCAGUGAAAACAGGACGAAAGCCACUGAAAAUACGAAAAGACAACGAGGACACGAGAGUGGGCUGUUCCUUCGUCGACAGUCAGGCGCCACAGAGCUCAGGCAGGCUGACUCGGAGCUAAAAUAUCGACACCGGCCCGAGUGCAGAGGUCAAACAGAGCAGUGGAGGCUCAGAGAGCGGAUGUGGAAUUAGCUAAGUAGCAGUUAGCUGUAGGCAUGUUCAAGGCAUGUUCAGAGGUAUGAAAGUAUGGACUUUAACUAUUUAUGCGCUAAAUAUGGGUUAUAGUUGGGACGACCCAAUAGUUAACGUGAAUUUCCAUCAUGCUGCGUUGAAUGCUGUGCUACUAGUGCCAUCUUAACCUCCUAAGUCCCUGCACAUGCAAAUUUAGACGUUAUAUUUCAGCUUUUCUACAACAUAGAAAUCAUUUUUACUCUGAGGAUUUCUGAGAUGAUUAUCCAGCAUGUCCACUGAAGUAAUUUGCUUCAAACGAUGGGGGAAUUUGCAAAAUUCACUUGAAAUUUUAAUGAAUAUGUUUUGGGAAUUUGCUCUGAAAUUUUCAAUUAUUAUCAUGGAAAUUUGGGGGAUAUGUUUUUAUAUUUUUGAGAGAGUAAUUGGAGGUUUUGGAGGGAAUUGCUUCACUUUUUUUCACCCCCAUUUUGAUGGGAACUUAGGGAAGUUAUUCAGUUGUUGUGGAAAUUUAUUUGGAAAUUUUCUGGGACCUUCAAGUAAAUUUAGGAAUUUAUUGUAAUUUAGAGAUUUUUUUCAAUUUUAGGGGAAUUUGCUUUGAAUUGUUUUUGGUAAUUUUAUGGAAAUUUAUUGGUUAAUUUUUGGAAUUUGACUGGGAAUUUGGAGGUGGACGGAUUCUUCAAAUUUUGUUGAAAUUGAGUCCAUGCUUGAACCUAACGAGUCCUUGGACACUGUUUUUGGUAAAAUCUACCUCAUGUUGAAAGAUAAGGCUGAGAUUAUUAACUUAACAGGUCCUUCUGAUCCCAAAGAAGAAAGCUCUGGUCUCAGGAGGUAAGGGGACAAUCCUUACUGUUUUGUUUGGCUGAAAUGGCAAAAAUGGACUCAGCACAGUAGGACUGUUGAAUUACAGAGAGCCAAAGCAGAUCACAUGAUCAAACUGGGCUAAACUGGUGAUUUUUUUACAGCUUAAAUGUUGAUUUAACCAGAAGUAUUUCCACUGAGAUACAAAAAUCUCUUAAUAGAGCGUCCUAGCCAAGACAGCAGCAUGAUAACUUCCACACACGACAAAAAAACAUGAAUCAACAAGCUCUCAGCAGAAAAAUGUGCAUUAAUUGUAGAUUUAAAAUCACCUAAACUACUGCAUCGCUGUUAGGGUGACCCUGUAGCUCAGACCAGGAUGACAGGGCAACAUUAAAAGCUCUUUGACCAAAGAUGGAGCGAGUUUAAGGAAUUUCAUAAUGAUGGAUCCAUGAGAAUGAAGGUUACAGUGACUCUCAGAUUUAUGAGUCAGUAGAGAAUAUAUAUGAGAAGGUUGGUUCAUGUAAAACAGCUUUAUAAAUACAGAUUUAGGUGACAUGUGCUUCACAUUCUCUAUUGGGAUGUCCCAAGAAAUGCUUUCAGCGUCUUUGUGAUGUGAAGGCAAUUAUAUUAUUAUUAUUAUUAUGACUACAGUAAAAGCAGUGGUACUAAUAUUAGAGAUGCCAAUCUUUGCCAAAAUUUUCAACUUAAAGGUCACAAAUUAUCCCUUUUUCAUCAAGUUUUACACUAGUCUGACAGCUCCCAGACAGGUCUUAGAAGCUUUGUCUGGUCUGCUUUAAAUGGGCUGUCUCAGUGUAUGAAGACGCCCCCUGCUGGCAGUGGAUGCCUCUACGGCUUUUCUUAUGUUUACGAUGGUCACACAGAUACAGCUAGUCUUAGAGUACAGCAGAAUUUCCCUGCAUGAGAUUUUUAAGUUGACACUUUCUGUAAGAGAAGGAGAGGAGAGAUUUUCUAGUUUUAAGGGGGUUUGUAGACAGACCCAGGAGACCAGGGAGGAUGUAAUCCUGUACAUGCUGGCCACAGGAUCCUGGUGCAUGUCUCCUGUCUCCCCUCAGCUGUCCAAUCAGAAUAAAGGAAAAACAUCCCCAGAAAUAUUCUUGAAGAAAGAGUGUUUUGCAUAAUAUGUGACCUUUAAAAGAAUAUAAAGAUAGAUAUAUGUCACUGAAUUGACUCGUUGUCCUAGCAAAGGGGCUUUCUGAUUGGUGGAUCGAUCAGAGGGCAAACAACGGGCUUUUAUGGUGUAGAGGUCGUAGCACUUUAUUACAUGAGCCAUAUGUUUUAAAUGCUUGUCUUAAAGUUCUCAUUUAUCUUGUUUUUUAUGUUCAUGCAUUACCAGAGGUAGCUGUCAUUCAGCUGGCAUUUAGAUUUUGUCCUUGACUGUAUCACACAGGAAACGGUUGGAAACUGAAUGCAUCUUUCCUGUAGAUAUCUACCUUUCUAUGUUCCAUAUUGGGGCUGGAAACUUCUCCUUUUUUGCACUAAUUGUAUAAGUAAGAACUUAUUUUUCAGAGUGCCCUUUAAAAGAAGAACUGAAACCAGAUGACUCGUUUUGAACCUCUGAUCUAUUGUUUUUCUGGGCCUGUACUUUUGUAAGGGAAAAUCCCUACAGAUGCAGACGGCUGUGUCAUUUAUGUCUGCCUUUGCUUUAUAAAAAUACAGUUUCAUUUCUUCUUUGAAAGGAAGUCUUCUUCCAGAAAGAGCCAGAAUGUUUGUAACAUGAUUAUUUUUGUGCACAAAAAAAGGAAAUGCAAUGGGUCAAAAAUCUUUUAAAUACCAGUUUUUGUCUGUUUAUCAUCAUGAAUGUUUUCCCAGUGUAGUGUUAUAAUUUUGUUAGGGAUGCACAGUUUUGGAUUUUUGCAUAAAUACUUCUAAACUCUUCCAAAGAUACUGCUCUUAAAACUCCAGGCUUCUUCUUUGCUCUUACUGUGGCAGCCAUUUUUAAAGAAAAACAACAUUUGACCUUUCAUUAGUUUUAGCACCACCACAAUUAAUGAAAGCUAUACUCUUUUUCUCAUGUAUAGAUAUUUGAUUACAUGCGCAUUAAAUGUUAAUUGUAUUAUAAAUUGUAUGACUAGAGCUAAACUUUUUGUGGCAGACAGAGCGCCUCUAACAGAGUAGUCUGUUGUUAACACCAUGACCAGUGGCUGCCUCCUUCCGUAUGUUUCAGGGCAGCUGGUUCACUAAGAUAAUCCUGAAAAAAAGUGCUUUUCUAGUGCAAAAAAAUUUGUUUAAAUCUAAACCUUCAUUUCCUUAAAGAACUUUAAAUUUCAACACAUGAGAAUGAUUAAAAAAAAAAAAAAAAACAGUUUAGACGAUUCUGAUUCUUUUAAUUCUGCGUAAUGCUCCACCAGUUUAUUUUCCGAUGUUUCCUGCUGAUCUACUGAUAAAUGUGCAUCCCUAAGUUGUGGAUUACAGUGAAUUCUAUAUGGUUGUCGUUUUUUCAAAACAUGUUUAAAUUUAUGGAAAUGAGACACAAAGGUGCUUAAAACUGGAGUAAACUUUGGUUGUGAUCGUUGGAACCAUGAUUGUGAAUGAUUGCAUGUUCUAUAUAUAUAAAAUAAAGACUGUUUGUUACAGAUGUUCUUGUUAGGGAUUUAAAUAAAAGUUUGUUCGAA